AUGUUGAGCAUUUCCGCAGCCAUCCACCCCACUUUACCAUCACCUCAAACAAGGAUACUAUUGCACCAUCGCCCAGUUGCAGAAGCUGAACCCCAUUGGUCAGACUAG